AUGUAUUUGAUCAUUCAAACAACAGCAUCCAACAGUCUGUUGUUGCAGUAUUUCAAAACCAUGACUUUUUCGUUGAUUGGCAGGUCGUUCAACAAACUGGCCGUGUCAACAGAUUGUCAGAAAUCAACAGCAUGUAUGUUUGAUAUAUGCAAUGCAACGGGUAAACCCAUUUCACUUAAUAAGCCAAUAUUUGUCACAUUUAUGGAUGAAACAAAAAAGUCACCAUCAGACCAAGCGUAUACGCUAGUACAGCGCCAUGAAUCUAUUGGCAAGUGGUUUCAAUUUUAUUCUGGCGCGUUGAGGGUUGGAUGUGUACCAGACACAACAUUGUGCAUGUAA